CUGUGCCUGUGCCGGGCCUGCGGCAGCGGCGGCGGCGGCGGCGGCGGCGGCGGCGGCGGCGGCGGGAGCUGCAGUCGGAGCGGCGGCCGCGGACCGGCGAACUCGGCCCGGGAGAGGGACCGGGCGCGGCGCUGCGGCGGCUGCGCGGGCUGCGGAGCGGGCCCACCUCCUCCGCCGCGGCGGGGUCUGCGCCCCGUCACCAUGACGACGCCCGCGAACGCCCAGAAUGCCAGCAAAACGUGGGAACUGAGCCUGUACGAGCUGCACCGGACCCCGCAGGAAGCCAUCAUGGACGGCACAGAGAUUGCGGUCUCCCCUCGGUCGCUGCAUUCGGAGCUCAUGUGCCCCAUCUGCCUGGACAUGCUGAAGAACACAAUGACCACCAAGGAGUGCCUCCACCGCUUCUGCUCCGACUGCAUCGUCACGGCGCUGCGGAGCGGGAACAAAGAGUGCCCCACCUGCCGCAAGAAGCUGGUAUCCAAGCGGUCUUUGCGCCCAGACCCCAAUUUCGAUGCUCUGAUCUCGAAGAUCUAUCCCAGCCGGGAGGAAUACGAGGCCCACCAAGACCGGGUGCUCAUCCGGCUCAGCCGCCUGCACAACCAGCAGGCGCUGAGUUCCAGCAUCGAGGAGGGGCUGCGCAUGCAGGCCAUGCACAGGGCCCAGCGUGUGAGGCGGCCGAUGCCUGGGUCAGAUCAGACCGCCACGAUGAGUGGAGGGGAAGGAGAACCAGGGGAGGGAGAGGGCGAUGGGGAGGAUGUGAGCUCAGACUCUGCUCCCGACUCUGCCCCCGGCCCCGCCCCCAAGCGACCCCGUGGCGGGGGCGCAGGGGGGAGCAGUGUAGGGACAGGGGUAGGAGGCACUGGAGGGGUGGGUGGGGGCGCUGGUUCUGAAGACUCUGGUGACCGGGGAGGGACUCUGGGAGGGGGUACCCUGGGGCCCCCAAGCCCUCCUGGGGCCCCUAGUCCCCCCGAGCCAGGUGGAGAGAUUGAGCUCGUGUUCCGGCCCCACCCGCUGCUCGUGGAGAAGGGAGAAUACUGCCAGACAAGGUACGUGAAGACCACGGGGAACGCCACGGUGGACCACCUCUCCAAGUACCUGGCCCUGCGCAUUGCCCUGGAGCGGAGGCAGCAGCAGGAGGCGGCGGAGCCGGGAGGCCCCGGAGGGGCCGCCUCCGAUGCCGCGGGACCUGAUGGUGGGGGGGAGGGCGGGGGCGCUGGCGGAGGCGACAGCCCUGAGGAGCCUGCCUUGCCCAGCCUGGAGGGCGUCAGCGAAAAGCAGUACACCAUCUACAUCGCCCCCGGCGGCGGGCCCUACACGACACUAAAUGGCUCUCUGACCCUAGAGCUGGUGAAUGAGAAAUUCUGGAAAGUGUCCCGACCACUGGAGCUCUGCUAUGCCCCCACCAAGGAUCCAAAGUGACCCCACAGGGGACAGCCAGCGAUGGGGACCUCCCCAGCCCUGUCCCCGGUGCCCCCAGCCAGCCAGCCAGCAGGAGGACACACAUGAGGACAUGUGGCUUUUAUACAAAGUAUAUCAGAUUCUUCUAUAUUGUACAGAUGCACCCACAUCUACUGCCUUUUCUAUUGCCCCAGACUCCCGUCUCCCCGAGGUGUGGGAAGGUGAGACCCUCCUCCAGCCCUCCCACCGGCGACAACAAACGUGCUUUUCCUCUUU